AUGACUGAUCCAGGAAAUGGGAAGAUCCUGGGUAUAGAAGCUAGAGCCAAAGAAGAUGAACCCAGAAUAAUGGCACCGAAAACAAUCAGUUACUAUCAUGACAAAUGGGAUUUUGAGAAUGAAUUGUACAAGAUGAUCAAUAAUAGGACGUCACCUACUAACUGGGUAAGGAGCAAUGGUAUUACCAUCACAGGAUCCCCUCACUCGGAUCACAGUGGGAACAACACAGCUCACUUUCUUACAUUGCCAUCUAGAAGAGUUGCGUCUCCUGCAGUUCUGAGAAUUGGGGUGAUCUUCGCAGCUAGCAACCAGCUCACUUGUCAGGUUUUGCAGCUGUCUAUUGAAGGACAAAUACUUGAACCCUGGGUGUCUGGAGAAACCAUUGCCAUUGAUGAUAUUUCAGUCACUGAAGGGUGCUUGCUAGCUUUUGUUCAGCAGAGCUGCAAUUUUAAGAUUCAGGUUUGUGACUGGAUUGCUGAUGAAUUGGCAAGCCACGUUUCCUGGGUACCUGUGAAACAGCUACUUGAUAAUGGUUUAAAAUCAAUUCUGCUAAAGGAUGGAAGCAACAAUAGUAAUGAAGGAACAGUUGAAGACAAGGCAAGCAAUAUUUGUCUGGAUCAUUCCCAUCCUGUGUAUAACACAAUGUCAGCACUGCCCAGGUCCUGUUCUUCUGAAGAGUUUUCCUGUGCCAAUGGCCAAUGUCUUGACAUUGGCUUGGCUUGUGAUUUCCAGAUGGAUUGCGUGGAUGGAAGUGAUGAAGAUCCAGAAGCUUGUGCCAAUUAUACUCUGUGCAACUUUGAGUCUGACCUUUGUAAAUGGAAGACAUUAAACCCAAAGGAAGUACAAUGGAAUAUAAUGAAAGGACAAGCUUCUCAUAAUUCUGGUCUUCCUUUAAAAGAUCACACAACCAACAGUGAUAAGGGAAAUUUUAUUUAUGUGACUGGUUUACCAUGGACAAAAACAAAGCUUGUUGUUACUCACUUCAGCAGUCCAAUAUUUACGAAACUUUCUAAUAAUGCUACAGAUUGCCAGAUAAGAUUUUGGUAUCAGUUGUCUCAGGAUUCCCAGCUGAACAUCUUCAUUAGAACUUCUGAUGGAUAUUUGCAAAGCUUAAAUAGUCAACCUUUCAAGAGCAAAAUGCAAUGGACAAAAGCCGAUGUCUGUAUAAGAAAUACUACUAGAGAGGGACCUUUUCAGAUAAUACUACAAGCAAUUGUUCAAACUGAAAAAGCUUUUGUUGCUGUGGAUGACAUCAGUAUAACAAAGACAUGUAAGAUUAAUGUAUCAUUUUCAAGUAUCUACAAAGAAGGUAAGACUGCUAAAUGUGACUUUGAAAGUGACAGCUGUGGCUGGCUGGAAAUGUCAAGUGGAGAUGGGUUUGACUGGGUAAGAAGCUCCAAGACAAGUCUACCUCCUGCUUUCCACAAACAAGCUCCACCAAACGAUCACACUUACAACAAAUCUGAAGGCCAUUUUAUGUUCAUUCUAAAAAACAGCAGCAGUAUCUCUCAGAUUGCACAGCUGCGAAGUCCAAAAUUCAGUCAGUCUGGAUCAGAUUGCUCAGUGACCUUCUGGUAUUACAACUAUGGGCUGUCAGUUGGAGCAGCAGAAAUGCAAUUGCUUGUUGAUGGACUAAAAGACCCUACGGUACUUUGGAGGAUAUAUUACAAUCAAGGCGAUCAGUGGCUAAAGGCUUCCAUUCAGCUUGGCCGCCUUCCACAGCCCUUUCAAUUAUCUCUAAAUAAAGUCAGCCUUGGAUUUUAUGAUGGUGUCUCAGCAAUUGAUGAUAUAACAUUUGAAAGCUGUGCAUUGCCGCCUCCAGCGUUAAACUGUGAAGGCCCCGAUCAUUUCUGGUGCCAAGAUUCAAAGGCUUGCAUCAGUCGUUUGUUAUUGUGUGAUCUUGUUGAUGACUGUGGAGACGGAUCUGAUGAGAAGCAAUGUGAGCCUGAAUUGCAGUGCAAUUUUGAGCUUGGACUCUGCAAUUGGGAGCAAGAUAUGGAUGAUGACUUCAACUGGACCAGAACCCAAGGACCAACGUCUACGCCUAACACAGGACCAAUGAAGGACCACACUCUGGGCACUGUCAAAGGAUACUAUCUUUACAUAGAGUCUUCAGAACCACAGAUGUUCCAAAACAGAGCAGCUUUGUUGAGCCCCGUCUUCCAUUCUACCUUUGCAUAUGGCAACAAAAGCUGCCUUUUUCGCUUCCAUUAUCAUAUGUUUGGAAAGCACAUUUACAGACUGGCAGUUUCCCAGAGAAGUGUGAGCAAUACAAGGGGACAGCUGCUAUGGCACACAUUUGGCAAUCAAAGCAACAGAUGGAAAAGGAAAGUGCUCUAUAUCACGAGUUCAGAGCCAUUUCAGAUCUUGGUGGAAGGUACUGUUGGGGAUGGCUUCACUGGAGACAUUGGUAUUGAUGAUCUGUCGUUCAUGGAUUGUAUGCUGUACAAUGGAAGCUUGCCAGUUGAUGCAAUAACUCCAUCCAUGACAUCCAUUCCUGUGACACUGCCUAUGAACAACUGUACAGAAAAGGAAUUUGUCUGUAGAGCAACUGGCCAAUGUGUCAAUGUCAACCAAAGGUGUGAUUUCCAACCUGACUGUCCUGACAAAUCAGAUGAGUCAUCUUGUGCCCCUGAUGCUUGUGACUUUGACCAUGGAAACCUGUGUGAAUGGUAUCAGCCUGCGGCUUUGACAGUAGGAACAUAUUAUUCAGUCCAUACUACUAAUGUGUUCCAGUGGGGCCUUGGAAAAGGAUCAGGCAUCCAUCCAGGCGAGGAGAAUCAUCGGCCAUUGGCUGAUCAUACCACGGCUACUAAGGAAGGUUCCUACCUCUUUGCAGACAGUUCUAAUGGAAAAUAUGGGCAUACUGCAGAUAUUAUAACCCCAGUAAUUUCUCAGACUGGACCAAAGUGCAGAUUGGUAUUUUGGAAUUAUAUGUAUGGGGCAACAGUAGGUACUUUGAAGGUGCUCAGCAAAGUGGGAAACAUAACUUCAGAACUUUGGGCUCAAAGUGGUCCUCAGGGACGCCAGUGGAACAGAGCUGAAGUGUUUUUUGGUGUUCAUUCCUAUUUUCAGGUUGUUUUCAGAACUAAACGGGGCAUCAGUUAUAUGGGAGAUGUGGCGGUGGAUGACAUUUUGUUCAAAGAUUGCUCUCCAUUGCUUAUCACAAACAAACAUUGCACAUCUGAAGAAUUUACUUGUGCAAACAAAUACUGCCUUCCAAAGGAUAAUCUCUGUGAUUUUGUGAAUGAUUGCGCGGAUAACUCAGAUGAGAAUGACAGUAUCUGCAGUGUUUCUAUUGGACGCUGUGAUUUUGAAUUUGAUCUUUGCGACUGGGAACAAGACCAGAAUGACGACUUUGACUGGAAUCUUAGAUCUGGAGGCAUCCCAAGACUAAUCACUGGGCCAAUUGCUGAUCAUACCUUGCACAAACCAUCUGGUCAUUACAUCUCUAUCAAAAACUCCUUCCCUCAGUUGCCAGGGCAAGAAGCCAGAAUUUCUAGUGGGCUCAUAAGCAAGAAAAGCAAAAAUUGUAAGAUAAUAUUUUACUACCACAUGUAUGGAGCAAAUAUUGGAUCACUAACUGUCUCCCAGGUGACAGUAUCAAAUCAAACUAGAAAAACAUUGUUCAGUCUGUCUGAGAAUCAGGGAAAUUUCUGGAAACGAGUAGUAUUACCAUUGGGAGCAGAUGAAGACUUCUGGGUCAUCUUUGAAGGGCGUGCUGGGAAGGAUUACAGGAGAUCUAUAGCCCUUGAUGACAUCGUGUUUACAAGAGAAUGUCUAUCAUCAUCCAAGUUCUUACCGGAUGAACCUACACAAUUACCCACUACAGGCUCUUGUUUACAUGGCUAUUUGGAGUGCCUCAAUGGCAAAUGUUACAGACCAGAACAAAGCUGUAAUUUUGAAGACGACUGCGGGGAUAAUACUGAUGAGAGAGAAUGCGGCACCUCUUGCACUUUUGAAAAUGGAAUGUGUGGCUGGAAGAACUCCCUUGCUGAUAACUUUGAUUGGGUUAUGAGAACCAGCUCGCCUCAAAGUCUCAGACCUUCCAAGGACCACACACUUGGAAACGGAAAAGGUCAGUUCUUGUAUCUUGAGGCCACAUCCACAGGCGUAAGAGGCGAUAAGGCACAUCUGAAGAGUGCCAGAUGGAUAGAGUCUAGUGCUGCUUGUACUCUGAGUUUUUGGUAUUAUAUGUCUUCAAAAGCAACAGGACGUAUCCAGGUUCUCAUUAAGAUUGGGAAUGGUUUUUUGAAGGUUUGGAGUGAUUCUGGAGUUCACAGUGGUCAGUGGAAGAAAGCACAAAUCCAAUUGGGGAAGCUGAGAAAUUUUGCAGUCCUGUUUGAAGGCAUCCGAACCAAAGAUCUUGGAGGAGGUGCAGCAAUAGAUGACAUUGAAUAUGAGAACUGCAGUACAACUGGAGAGGAUUCUGGAGUGUGCCCUGCUGUUACUGACUUCGUGUGUAAGAACAAGCAGUGCAUCGAGUCUCACCUUGUCUGUGAUUACAAGCCUGACUGCAAAGACUGGUCAGAUGAAGCUGAUUGCAGCCAAUACACCACUGUCCCAGGAAGCUGUAACUUUGAGACUCAAGGCCAAGAAUGGAGUUCUGUGUGUGGACUUAGACAAGAUUUUGAAGAUGACUUUGACUGGAACAUUGGCAACAAGGUUGUUAUAGAACAUGGAAACCUAAUACAGGAUCACACCCCAGGUAAUGGAGCUAAUUUUUUGUACAUCAAUUCUACUACUCAACAUGAAGGAAACAGAGCAAGAAUAAUUACCACUACCUACUUUCCAGCCAGUCUGGGUGUAUGCAGACUCCGCUUCUGGUUCUGGAUGUACAAUUCCCCCCAAACUGGAACGUUAAAGGUCUAUGUUGUUGAAAAAUUUGGAAUGGAUAUUUUGAUGUGGGCAGCAACAGGUAAUAAAAGAAAUGUAUGGACCUAUGCAAAUGUGGCCCUUUCCAGCAACACUCCUUUCAAAGUGGCAUUUGAAGCAGAGACCGGAGCUCAUUUGCUUCUAGAAUUUGCACUCGAUGACAUUUCUUUGACACCAGAAUGUGUAUCAGGAGGACCAAUUACAUCACAACCUCCAACCUGUAGCAGUGACCAGUUCGCUUGCACAUAUGUUAAGCAGUGUGUGCCCCUUUCUUCAAAAUGCAACCUGGUAGAAGAUUGUGGUGAUGGGAGUGAUGAAAUGGCAUGUCCUACAAAAAAUCCUAACACAGGUUCUCCAAGCCUUUGCAAGGAAACAGAAUUCAUGUGUGCAAACCAGUCGUGUAUCCCAUCACUCUUGAGAUGUGAUGGUGUGACUGACUGCAGGUUCAGUGAAGACGAAGUCAAUUGUCCUAUUAAAGAUUGCUUCAAUGGAUCUUUGUUGUGUCCAUCGACUAAUAGCUGUAUUCCAGUCUCCCAACGUUGUGAUGGAAUUGUAGAUUGCAUUGAUUUUGCUCCUGAUGAAUCUAGUUGUUCAGAUUGCCCUGAAGGCUACUGCAAAAAUGGAGGGACAUGCAACAUUGAACUAGUUCCUGUCUGUCAAUGUGGAAAAGAGUGGAAGGGCAACCGUUGCAGCGUGAAAGCUGAGACUCCUGGUCCCCUUCAAAAUGAUACUUGGACUGGGCUGAGUAUUGGAUUAGCUUUGCUGUUGAUUGAAAUUGCAGCCACUGUUUCAUGCCUCCUUUCAAAGAGGAAAUUGGCAAGAACAAAACCUGAAGAGAACUUCAAUACAGCAUUUGACAACCCACUUUAUGAGGCUCAGAGUGUAAAGUCUACAGAGUGUUCUGCCUCACUGGGAGCUCGGAUCAGUGUUUCUCCAUGGCAGGCACAGCAGGAGGUUUUCUGCAACAAUGAUGUAAUGCCUACGUCCUUUGCUAAUCCUCUCUAUGGCAUAACGGAAGAAAAGGGGAAGACACCGUGAAACAUUAGUAGAUGUGAGCACAAUACAGGGUGGAUAUUGUACUCAACUUUAUCUGAUGUAAUGUACCUUGCUUAAAAAAAUUGAAUAAUGGCAUAGCAUUAGUAAACUGAACAAAAAUAGAGUGAUUUUCAUAUUAGAAGAAUGAGGUUCUCUAGAUUAUACUUCAUUCAAAAUAGCAUCCACCCACAUGGGGAGGCAAAGCCUUACAUGAAAGUUAUGUUGGCAAGCAAUAUUCUUGGUAAUGUGUUGUUUUGAAUUGACUAGAUGGUUGAGUAGCUCAAAUUCCAGUGUGUUAAUAAAUAAAAGUUUGAUUUAAUCAAAA